ACCAAGCACACACACAAACGCACGUAUAUAUGUUUUGUGUGUGUUUGUCUUUGCACUUAAAAUUGAUUAGAUACGUAAUUAAAAGUUAACCAAAGCAUCGUGUGACGUCUGAUACUCAUGGCGUCGAUAGUGAUGUUCUUUAGAGCCCUGAUGAGUUGCCGUCUUACGCCCGAAGAGGAGCCAGAGACGGCGGUGACUUCUUUGUCAACGUUGAAACUUUACAGAAAUGUCGCCGGAGCCGAGAACACGACGAGGAAGAGUACUUCGGUCGUUGACGCAUCGCAUGGCAUCGAUAAUCACGAGUUUACUAUCGAAACCACGAGUGGGAUCAACGAUAUGGAUGAAAGGUUUUAUUGGAUCAUCGUCAAGAAUCACUUGUUCUUGUAAGUUUGUAAUGAUUUGCAUAAUUUUAUGUUUUAUCGUGUUACGUAUCAUUGAAUCGACCAUGCAUAUUUCUCAUGAGGUAUAUGAGCCUUUUGGACUACCAAAUUGUAUAUGUGCGCUUUUAGAUAUUGAGGAAUAAUUUAUAUGGAAAUAACUCAUGCGUUGUAACAAUUUGAACCAAGUUGGGUUCUACCAAGAUCACUUUGAUGAAGGUUGAUAUAAAAGAUGUUAUUUUUUCGGUUA